CGAAUAGCAAUAUCGCUUAAAGGAGUGAGAAGGCUGGGCGUCGAGCCUUCUUUGCCCCUCCAGCCCUCACCCUCUCAACCACGCGCUACGCGCCAACGAUGGACCCAAUUCACCCUCACCCACACCUCCCCACAGUCCCCAUCGCGCGCGACGACGCGGACAACAAGUCCUUCAGCGACGACAAGAAGUCGCACGCCGACAGCGAGAGUGCCCAGCAUGCCGUGGCCCCCUCCUCCUCUCAAGUGCCAGAUGAGGACGCCCAAGCUGGCGUCACGACGGCGGAAGCUGUCACCUUGACCUGGAAUCGCAAGUGGCUCUGGGUCGCCUACGCGUCCAUGUGGUGUCUCUACCUCGUGCGCGCUUUCGAGAGCAACUUGACCGCAAACCUCGGAGCGUACAUUGUCUCCGGCUUCGAGGAGCACUCACUCAUUCCCGUCAUUGGCAUCGUCUCCGGCAUCAUGGGCGCAGCCACAGCGAUGCCUGUAGCCAAGAUGCUCAAUGUAUGGGACCGUGGCUAUGGCUUCCUCGUAAUGAUCCUCCUCUCCCUCAUCGGCCUGAUCCUGAGCGCGGCCACCACCAACAUCUACACGUACUGUGCGGCGCAAGUCUUCUGGAGUGUCGGAUACACGGGCGCAAUCUUUACAGUGGACAUUAUUACGACGGACACGUCUUCGCUGAGGGACAGAGGACUGGCGUAUGCGUUUACCAGCUCGCCUUACUUGAUUACCGCGUUCGCCGGGCCGAAGGCUGCGGAGGGCUUCUAUGCAAGAAAUUGGAGGUGGUCGUACGGUGCCUUUGCCAUCAUCCUGCCCUUCGUAGCCGCUCCCCUUUUCAUUGCGCUCGAGUACAACAAGCGCAAAGCUAUCCGGGCCGGUACGCUCGUCCGCAGCGCGAGCCGCAAUGUGGGCAAGCCUUUGCUCGAGAAGGUUUGGACCUUUGUCAUCGAGUUCGAUCUCCCCGGCGUCAUCCUCCUCGCGGGCGGCCUGGCUCUCUUCCUCAUCCCCUUCAACAUCGCCUCGUCGUCGUCGUCCGACUGGCGCUCGCCCCACAUCAUUGCAAUGCUCGUCGUCGGCCUCCUCAUGAUCGUCUUCUUCGGCAUCUACGAACGUUUCCUCUCUCCCAAGCCUUUCGCCUCCGGCUCCCUCCUGGCCAACCGCACGCUCAUCGGAGGCUGCUACCUCAGCUUCAUGUACUUCAUUGCCGCCAGCUGCUGGGGCGCAUACUUUACGUCGCUGCUGCAGGUCGUCUUCAACGUUAGCCUCAGCGAGGCAGGGUACAUCAGUAACACGAGCGACGUGGUCAACAGCUUCUGGCUGCUCAUCGUCGGCUACGUAAUCAAGCGAUCAGGCCGAUUCAAGUGGGUCCUCUACUUUGCCCUGCCCAUCUACACGCUGGGUGAGGGUCUGCUCAUCUAUUUCCGCCACCCUGGUCAGAGCGUUGGAUUCGUCAUCAUGUGCCAAAUCUUCAUGUCCCUCGGCGGCGGCACAAUGGUCAUCGCAGAGCAGGUCGCAGUCCUCGCCGCUGCCUCCCACAACGAAGCCGCUUCAGCCUUUGCCAUCCUCUCCGUCUUCGGCAACGCCGGAUCCGCAGUAGGCGGUGCUGUCUCCGGUGCCAUCUGGACGCACACUUUCCCCAACAAGCUGCAGGAGUACCUCCCUGCCGAGGCGUUACCCGAUUGGGAGACGAUCUAUGAGAGCUUGGAUACGCAGCUGAGCUAUGAGGUGGGGAGUGCGACGAGAUUGGCCAUUGCGAGGGCGUAUGGCGAGGCGCAACAGUGGAUGGUCGCGGCGGGUACGAUCUUCAUGGGCCUGGCGUUCAUCUCCAUCUUGCUCAUCCGCAACGUUCACCUGGACAAGAUCGAGCAGGUCAAGGGGGUCUUGCUUUGAGAGUGGGCGGCGGCGCGAGUGAUGGGAAGGUGU